GUCGCCGAGCUGAUUGGAAACACGCCGCUUGUCCGAAUCAACUCGCUCUCGGAUGCGACCGGUUGCGAGAUCCUGGGCAAGUGCGAGUUCCUGAAUCCGGGCGGAUCAUCGAAGGACCGGGUCGCGCUGUCGAUCAUCGAGGAUGCCGAACGGCGCAACCUCAUCCGACCACAUUCGGGCUGCACGAUCACCGAAGGGACGGUUGGAUCGACGGGCAUAUCGCUUGCGACAGUAGCGCGGGCCAAGGGAUACCAAUGCCACAUUGUGAUGCCGGACGACCAGGCCCAGGAGAAAUACGAGAUCCUCGAGCGGCUUGGUGCACGGGUCGAAAAGGUGCGUCCGGUCUCAAUCGUCGAUCAGGGUCAUUUUGUACGGGUCGCCAAAACCCGGGCCGAGUCGAUCACUCAGGAGGCCAUGCGAGCCAACGAAUCCGGCCCCAUGGGCUCGCUCGACAUACCAACGGGAGCAGGUUUCUUUUGCGACCAGUUCGAGAACCUGGCGAACUUUGAGGCGCACCUGCGGACUACUGGGCCAGAAAUCUUCAGCCAAUGCAACGGCCAGCUGGAUGCCUUUGUGAUGGGUGCAGGAACCGGCGGCACGAUCGCCGGUGUUGCGCACUACCUCAAGCCCCGCAUGCCCAAUCUUCAGAUUGUCUUGGCGGAUCCGUGGGGGUCAGGACUCUUCAACAAAGUCAAGUUUGGAAUCAUGUAUGCUCCCACCGAGGCCGAAGGCACCCGGCGCCGGCACCAAGUCGAUACGGUCGUGGAAGGCAUCGGCAUCAACCGGUUGACAGAAAACUUCAAGCAGCUUCUUGGGAAAGCCCAUUCAUCCGAGGCUGGCUUGCGGCCUGUCGAGCACUACGUCGACGAUGCGGUUCGCGUGACAGACCGAGAGGCCGUCGAGAUGUCUCGGUAUCUGAUGCGAGAGGACGGUCUCUUUGUGGGCAGCUCUUCGUCGGUCAACUGCGUGGCAGCUUACCGAGUCGCAAAGCGGCUAGGCCCGGGACACCGGAUUGUAACUGUGCUCUGCGAUAGUGGCUCAAGACACUUGACCAAGUUCUGG